GAUGCUUCUUUGCAAACCCUAGGCCGCGCGUGGAGCGAGGAGGACGCCGAUCUGGGGGCGCCAUCGCGGCAUCGCGCUGGGCAGCGCAUUUUUCUUCCAGGUAUGUCGCGGCGGAUUUCCGGCGGGGGGAUCUGUAGCGCUAGAGAUCUCUCCCCGGAGCUACAUUGGUGUGGAAAUCAAGCAGGAGGGAUUUCGUAGCUAGGAGCUGAGACGAUCCUUCCUCUGGGAGAGAGCUGGGGGUUUUGGGGGAUUUGAUGGUCGCUGUAGGUGGAGAUGAGUUGAGGAGGAUGGCACAGAAGAGGUUGCGAGCUUGGUGCCACAGCUCCGUGUUUAUAAUUUUUUGGCCGCGAGGGAGACCGCAAAAGGGCUUCCAGGAAAGAUGUUUUUUGGGAGGAACAGUUUCUUAUCGUCCCAGGAGGAACAGCCACGAACAGAGAAUGGAGAGCGAAUUGGUCACGGGCCCUCUCGAUCAAGCACAGGGAGCCGGUCGGAUGGAUCGGCACAUCUAGACGUGUCCGACCCUUCGUUCGAAUCUUUCAGGGAGUUAGUUUCUGGAAGCGCUCUCCAGAGCGAAGUUUUCGGAGCUCCAGGAUCCAUGCAGAGUGAGAAUGCUCCGGCCACAGCUCGCUCUCGGCUUUUCUCGGUGAUUUCUUCCAAAGGACUACAAGCUCACGAUCGCCAUCCUUCUUCUUCCUCGGGUGCUGGUGGUCCUCCUCCAGCAGCUCGCACUGAUGCAAGGAAGGAAAGAGUAGUAUACGUCGACAAUCCUGGCAGGACUAAUGAAAACUUCGAGUUCUCCGGGAACAAGGUCCGCACCAGCAAAUAUACGCUUAUCUCGUUCCUUCCCAGGAAUCUGUUUGAGCAGUUUCAUCGGGUUGCCUACAUCUACUUUCUCCUGAUAGUGAUACUCAACCAGAUUCCUCAGCUCGCGGUUUUUGGGAGGUUGGCUUCGCUGUUUCCUCUCCUCUUCGUGCUGGUUGUGACGGCUAUCAAGGACGGUUACGAGGACUGGGGUCGUCACAGGUCGGACAGGGAAGAAAACAACAGGCUGUCUUGGGUGUUCCAGAAUGGCCGGUUUGAGCCAAAGAGGUGGAAGAAAAUUGAAGCCGGGGAAGUAGUGAAGAUUUUCCAGGACGAGUCCAUUCCGUGUGAUAUAGUUUUACUGGGAACGAGCGAUGCAAACGGAGUAGCUUACGUCCAGACCAUCAAUUUAGACGGAGAGACGAACUUAAAGACGAGAUAUGCGCGGCAGGAGAGUGCAAGCAAGCAUCCGGGCCUGGCUCCCAUCACCGGCAAAGUCGUCUGCGAGCCUCCAAACAGGAAUAUCUACGACUUUGUGGCGUACUUGGAGAUCGAUGACACUCAAGCUCCGCUCGGGCCAAACAACAUCAUACUCCGCGGGUGUGUGCUCAAAAACACCGCAUGGAUCGUGGGAGUUGUGGUUUAUGCGGGAAAGGAGACGAAGGCAAUGCUCAACAGCUCUGGUGCGCAGUCCAAACGAAGCAGGCUGGAGCAGCAUAUGAACAAGGAAACACUGUGGCUCUCGUUUUUCUUGCUGAUCAUCUGUAUUGCCGGCGGUGUUGGGAUGGGAAAAUGGGUUCACGAUCACGACAGCGAUCUAAACAACUUUCCUUACUACAAGAAGCGUGACACAGCGGACAAGAAGUUCAUGUAUUAUGGACCUUUAGGAGAGGGGGUGUUUGCUUUUCUCAGCUUCAUCAUCAUGUUCCAGAUCAUGAUCCCGAUUUCCUUGUACAUCUCCAUGGAGCUUGUUCGUCUCGGCCAGAGUUACUUCAUGGUGAGAGACGUUGAGAUGUUUCACGCGCCGUCAAACUCGAGACUCCAGUGCCGAGCUCUAAACAUCAACGAAGACUUGGGACAGGUGAAAUACAUAUUCUCAGAUAAAACUGGCACACUAACCGAGAAUAAGAUGGAAUUCCACUCAGCCAGCAUUGGAGGGGUUGAUUAUAGCAACGUUCUUGCAGCUAAAAUUUCUGGUACUUCUGAUUCCUCGGAUGGCAUGCAAGUCGAAGGUAGCCAUCUCAAGCCUGGCGUUCGUCUUGACCCCAACUUAUUAGAACUUCUUCAAACGGAGGUCACGUCCUCGGAAGCAACUUUUGUUCACCGUUACAUGCUGGUGCUUGCGGCCUGCAAUACAGUGGUUCCGACUCGCCACAGUGGACCGCUGCAAUAUCAGGCUGAAUCUCCAGACGAGCAGGCUUUAGUUUUUGCGGCGUCUGCUUACGGCUAUACACUUUUAGACCGAACUACUUCAACGAUAGUACUGGAUGUUCUUGGAGAGCAGAAAAGCUACAAAAUUGUAGGAAUUCACGAGUUCGACAGUGUACGCAAGCGCAUGUCGAUCGUUGUGGAGUGCCCCGAUAACACGUACAAGCUGCUAGUGAAAGGAGCGGACACAGCAGUGAUGGAUAUCAUUGCCAGGCCAUCCGAGCAAGUAGAGUCAGGCUCAGGUUCCCUUGCAGACGGUCAUUUGCAAGCAGGGGUGCUGUUUGCAACACAGAGGCACUUGGACUUCUAUUCUACGCAAGGAUUGCGCACUUUGGUCGUUGCUUUCAAGGAUUUGGAGCAGCCCGAGUUUGAAGAGUGGCACGAAAAGUACAAGAUAGCUAGCACGGCACUGGUGGACAGGGUGAAGUUGCUCCGAGAGGCGGCUAGUUUAAUAGAAAGAAAUCUGGCCUUGCUGGGAGCUACUGCAAUUGAGGACAGGUUGCAAGAUGGAGUACCCGAAACAAUCUCGUCCCUGCGAAAUUCGGGCAUCAAAGUUUGGGUCUUGACAGGAGACAAGCAGGAGACUGCGAUUUCUAUUGGCUUUUCUUGCGCUCUUCUCACUCCGGACAUGGAAAAAGUAAUUGUCAACGCUAACACGAAAGAGCUCUGCGUCGAGAAACUCAAAGCCGCUAUCAGAGAGCAUGGGAUUGCUGAGACCAAGGACGUGCACAUUGGAGAGAAGAACUUGAAGGCUGUUAAAGGUGAUUCUACCCGCAAGAAACAACUGGCUCUUAUUAUCGAUGGGAACAGUCUCGUGCACGCUCUUUCGCCGGACGUAGAAGAACUCCUCUUUGACUUAGCCGUAGCAUGCAGAAUCGUUAUUUGCUGUCGCGUCGCGCCGCUGCAAAAAGCCGGGAUUGUCUCGUUGAUGAAACGAAGAACAAAGGACAUGACUCUCGCUAUUGGAGAUGGAGCCAAUGAUGUCUCCAUGAUACAGACAGCAGAUGUUGGAAUUGGAUUGAGUGGCCAGGAAGGUCGGCAAGCAGUCAUGGCAUCUGACUUUGCAUUGGGCCAGUUUCGAUUCUUGAAACGGCUUCUCCUCGUCCACGGUCACUGGAACUACCAGCGUCUCGCGUAUAUGGUGCUCUACAACUUUUACAGGAAUGCCGUGUUCGUGAUGAUGCUCUUCUGGUACAUUUUGCACACAGCCUUCUCCGCACAGACAGCGCUUUUCGACUGGAACUUGAUGUUCUACUCGCUGAUAUACACCUCCGUGCCAACGAUCGUCGUCGGGAUUCUAGACAAGGACUUGAGUCACAAAACUCUACUCGGACUUCCUCCACUCUACGGUGUCGGACAGAGAAACGAGAGCUACAACUCGGUGCUCUUCUGGGCGACGAUGCUGGACACGCUGUGGCAGAGCUUGGUUCUCUUCUACGUACCGUUUUUUACGUUCCAGGGAACGACCAUCGAUAUCUGGGGGAUGGGCUGCUUAUGGGCCGCAGCAGUGGUGGUGUUGGUCAACUUACACCUCGCUAUGGACGUCCUACACUGGACUUGGAUCACUCACGCGGCGAUCUGGGGAUCCAUCGUCGUCUCCUUUGCGUGUUUCUUCGUGCUGGACGCCUUGACAGACAAAGGAUUCAUCGCACACUACAGAGUUAUGUUUCAUAUGGCAUCGACUGCGGUGUUUUGGCUAAACAUCUUACUCGUAAUCGUCGUCGCGUUGCUUCCCCGAUUCUGUGCAAAGGUACUGAUGCAAAAGUUUUGGCCGUCUGACCUUCACAUUGCUAGGGAGCUCGAGCUAAAAAAUCGAGCCGCCAUUUCGGAGUUUGUGAAAUCGUCCGCCCCUUCUCCCAGAAUGGUGGAGCUCGACGAUGUUCCUUACUCUGACAAAGAGAGUAAAGAAGACGAAUAGAAAGGCAACUUUGCAUAAAAAUUCUUA